AAGCCUAUUUUAAGAGGAGACAUGAACCUUGAAGAGUAUUUUGUGAGAACUGGCUAUAAAGGUUCCCUUGAAAAACAAGAUUUGGAAACCUUAACAGAUAUAUUCCAGCACCACAUCCGUGCUGUCCCCUUCGAAAACCUCAGCAUCCACUGCGGGGAGAAAAUCACUUUGGAGUUGGAGCAGGUUUACAAUAAAAUUGUGAGGAGGCAGAGGGGUGGCUGGUGCAUGGAAAACAACCAGCUCUUGGGCUGGGUCCUGAAACACCUGGGGUAUGACACCAGCUUCCUGGGAGCUUAUGUGUUCAAUCCACAUAAAAAUGCCUAUGCCACCAUCAUGACCCAUCUCCUCGUGAAGGUUGUUAUUGAUGACAAAACCUAUGUUGUUGAUGGAGGCUUUGGGGUGUCCUAUCAGAUGUGGCAACCAAUGGAGCUGGUGUCAGGGAAAGACCAGCCCCAGGCUCCAGGCAUCUUUCGUUUCACAGAAAAAAAUGCCAUCUGGCACCUUGAGAAAGUCAGACGGAAACAAUAUGUUCCCAAUCUGAAUUUCUCCAAUUCUGAUCUUCUGGAGAAAAAAGAGUGUCGGAAAAUUUACAUGUUCAGCCUUGAGCCACAGACAGUGGAAGAUUUCCAUUUCCAGUGCACCUACCUUCAGACUUCUCCAGAUUCCCUCUUCACAAAGAAAUCCAUCUGCACCCUCCAGACCACCGAUGGCUUCCGAGCACUCAUUGGGUGGACACUCUCUGAGACCACGUACAACUACAAGGAAAAUAUGGAUCUGGUGGAAUUCAUAACACUUGAAGAUGAAGAGGUGGAAAAAACCCUCAAAGAGAAAUUCAACAUAAGCCUAGAUAGAAAACUUGUCCCAAUAAAUGUCAAGGGAUUUUACACCAUCUAG